UGCGUGGAGGUGCCUACCAGUUCCGUUGGUGGGACAGCAUAUAUAUAGGAAAUGAAAAAGCCCACUGUCUACAUUCGAACGGAAUUUUAGUCAAAGAUAUAUUAAACAGGGCAGUACAGGUAGGCGUCUCCUAAAACUUACUGGAUCUGAAUUCCGACUCCACUCAGAGAUGGCAACGGGAACAGCUCCACCAAGAGGAAGUGCAGCAGCAGCAGCAAGCCUGCGCAGGAGGAGAACAACAAGCGGUGGGGGUGCCUCGGGAGGGGCUGCUGGUACUAUGCUUCAGUUCUACACCGAUGAUGCUCCAGGACUCAAGAUCUCUCCAAAUGUGGUGCUUGUAAUGAGCAUUGGUUUCAUUGCUUUUGUUGCAGUUCUCCAUAUCAUGGGCAAGUUUGUUCGUAGGGACUAGGAAGUAUUCCAAGCGUGUAGCAAACACUUUUUCUUUUUUUGGUCUUAACAGGAGCAAACACUUCCCAUUGUUAUAAUUUUUCACUUUUCCUUAUUACUGGAUUUGAUUUCAUUUGAUUAA